AUGUCAACUGUAAGGACAGAACAACAACAACAAGAACCACUUGACUUAGUUCGUUAUCAGUUAGACGAAUUGGUUUUGGUCAAAUUAAGAGGUGCUCGUGAAAUGAAAGGUAAAUUGCAAGGAUACGAUUCCCACUGUAACAUGGUAUUAAGCGACGCAGUUGAAUAUAUAUACGAUGUACCAGAAGGGCAAGAACCAGUCACUAAGAAUACGGAUAUGGUUUUUGUAAGAGGAGAUUCUGUGAUUUUGAUUAGUCCUGUCAACUAA